AUGGAGAAAAGCCAGCGGCUGACCGCUGCUGUCAUUUGUGUCAUUAUCCUGACAAUCAUGAGAGUCUUUUUCACGAUAUUAUUCUUCAUUUCCAGUGUCAUUUGUAUUAUACAUGCAGAGAGCCGCGUUGAACGGUGCGAUGGUCAUCUUACCCUCUCUCAAAAAACAGUUGACAGUCUCAACACAACUAGCACCUUUGUGGAGACUGCUGUGUCAUCAUUUCUCAUUUUUCUCAUCUUUCGAUGGAAGCCGUUUAACUUCAGGAACUUUCUCAAGGCUCUUCCAAGACAAGGACACUUUUGGAUGUGGACUGCUCUGUGGAUUGCGCGAAUUUUCACAAACGUUCUAAUAGGAAUUAUCCCAGGCAUUCAGGAGAGCUACUCGGUUCUCAUCGUCCUUGGUUUUUCGUUGCCAUUAGAAUUCGCUUUGACAACAGUUUUCGCUUGUGCGCUGGCAUUUGUAGGUUUUGACAAUGUAAAAGCUUGGCUGUAUCAACACUUUCCCACUAAAGCCGCACGCAAGUUGACAUACUUGUACAGAACAAUUUUGUUUACAUAUGGCCUUCGAAUGCUUGCUUUGUUCCUGUACGACUCGUUUCUGGUAGCAAGGCAUAUCACCCGCCAAAGUGAGUACCGGGAGCUUGACAGCAUUCUUUUAGCUUUGGAUGUAUUCUAUAGAGGGAGUUUGUGCGUCUUCUUCUUCCAGAAGUUUUUUGAGUUCCCCAUACCGGAUGUCUUACAAAAACCUUUCGAAAUUAAGAGGCCUGAGGAAACGGAUGAGCAGUUUAGCAAAUGUAAUGAAAGUCUUCGCUCGGGAUCCCCGGAAAAAUUGGAGGACCGAGAGCUGGAAGAAAAAGAAAAUGACUGUGUGUUUGGUGGAUCAGAUGUACUCUCGCGGAAAAAAGAUAAAGAGGUAGAGCAUAUGGAGUGAGAAAACAGCUCCACAACUGUUAUUGUUCGAUCGAAUUUAACUGAGAAGCCAUGAAAUAGAUUUAAGCUCUUAAAAAGUGGAUUUUACAAGUAGAACUGAAGAAAUGCAAUUUUAUCACAUUUCAUUUGAUGUGCAUAAGAAAGAGCUAUGCCUGACUAAUGUAUCUGAGUUUCAAUAGGCUCGCUUACGUUUCCAUAAUGGACGCUUCCUUGGUAUUAAGGAAAUCUUUCUCUCUUUUUUGAUCUUAGGGUGGCUUCCCUUUGUUCUGUUUUCCUCUUGAGAUCACAAAUUUUUUUUGAUAGCGGUUAAAACUAUUUUGGGCUCAGCCGGUUGCAUUAUAUUAUUUUCCUCCGAAUGCAAGACUUGGUGCUGCGUGAAAGAAAAUGUAAGAAGUGACCGCCAUCAUGCAGAAUUUUUACGAAAAUAAAUGGAAAAGUUCGUAGAUAUCUGCAAAAGGCAACAAAAGUAGAGAGAAGGAAAAACUGAGAUUAUACAUUCUCAAACUUUUUUUGAUCACGGGUAUUCUCUUGAUUUACCAUGUUCUUUCGAGGUUUACUGAAAAAGAAA